AGUCUUCCGCGGGAAAUUCAGUAUCUACUACCUUAGCGUUUUCUUUCUUAUUUGGAUUGCAAACAUAACAGCAGGGCUAUAAAACAUAUUGCAACGCAAAACCUAUCGUCAGUGGACGUUGCUGGUACAGCCAACGCAAUAAAAUGUCAAAGAAGAAAGGACUAAGUCUGGAGGAGAAGAGAACUCGCAUGAUGGAGAUCUUCUUUGAAACUAAAGAUGUGUUUCAGCUGAAAGACAUUGAGAAGAUCGCCCCUAAGACAAAGGGCAUAGCUCCCAUGACUGUGAAGGAUGUGCUGCAGAGCCUGGUGGAUGACAACAUGGUGGACUGUGAAAGAGUUGGUACAUCCAACUACUACUGGGCCUUUCCCAGCAAGGCUCUGCACGCUCGCAAGCACAAACUGGAGGAGCUGCAAAAACAGAUUUCUGAGGCGAAGCAGCGGAAAGUGUCUGUAGAGAAAGCAGUUGAAAAGGCAAAAGUGGGACGUCAAGAUACAAAGGAGAGAAGUGCUCUGCUGAAGGACUUGAAGGCUUUGAGAGAGGAGCGAACUCAGCUGCAGGCCGAGUUGGAGAAGUACAGAGAAUGUGACCCAGAGGUCGUCGAGGAGAUGAGAAAGUCAAAUGUUGUCGCAAAAGAAGCUGUUUCCAGGUGGACAGAUAAUGUUUUCGCCAUCAAGUCGUGGACGAAGAAGAAGUUUGCCUUUGAUGACAGCCGCAUUAAUAAAGCCUUUGGGAUCCCGGAGGACUUUGACUAUUUGGACUGACUGCCAGCUUUUCUGCCAGAGUUCAUGGUCACAAUAAGUGAAAAAUAAGUGUUUGAGCUUCAGUUUGAAGCCAGUGUACCUGGUCUCAGCAGUUCUAAUUCAUGGUCUGUGUAUUACAGUGACAAUAAAUGCACCAGUGUUCAUAUUUAUGGCCUGGGUUGGGCUCUGAAUAAGCACUGAUAUCAGUAAUUUCGCCGUAGCAGAGGGACUUUAUCAGCGGCUAUGUUGCUUUGGUGCAACCAGAGAAGAGAAGCACAAAUUGUUAGUGGCUGUGAGGGGUGACAGAGUUCUGUGAUGAACACAACCUAGCAGCUUGACUUUUGGGACACCUGUUUGCAUGAAAAUUGAGAACCCCAAGUUGAUGAUGGAAGGGAAUUAACACUUGACACAUCUGUGUAGUGAAUGAUCUAAUUUAUAUGGUUUAAACAGAUGGUUUGGAAUCAAAUGCUUGGGCUCUUUUUUCCUACAUUAUUUUUAGUAGGAGGGAAAAAGAAAAAGUGCUUUUGGGAAACAUCCAGUCCUCCUCGUUGUUCAUAAAAAGUGCACUGACUGACGGGACAGUUAAAUAACAAAGGAUAUGUUUAGGAUAUGUCUACAGUUGUAAAUAUUUGAAGUACAUUUACUUUUUGCAAAACCUCUUUUCUAGUGCUGCAAAUAAAAUGUCCCUCUGAGUUUUACAAGUCAUUUUCUGUGGUUGUAUUCAUUCUAAAACUUAAUGUGCAGUAUACAAAUGUAUGUACACCAGGCCUCCUGUCUUUUGUGAUUUCAUUUCUUACGAAAUUGCCACUAAAACAUUGCAAAAUCUGUCACAGAAGCACAUUUUUUUCCAGAGCUGCACGCUCACUUUCUGUAUGAACAAAAAAGGAACACUGCUGUCAUGACA